AUGAAGCAAUUUGAAGAAGAAAAAUCCGUUGGUUUAGAACAUGAAAAAAGCAUCACUUAUGAUGAUUUUGCACCAAGUUCCCAAGCUUCAGAUACUGAAGUUCAAGAAACCAAGGUCAAUUUUGUUGAUCGUUGGGCUCAUAAAUUAAAAGCUGAAACAAAAGGUAUUGAUUUGGUUACUGAUGAAGAGAAAACUGAUACUUCAGUAUGGAAUGCAGCUACUAUGUGGCUAAGUGCAAAUUUAGUCAUUGCCACAUUUGCUCUCGGAGCCUUGGGUAUAACCGUUUUCAAUUUAGCUUUUGGUCAAGCUGUUUUAACCAUCAUCUUUUUCGCUGCAUUGGGUAAUUUUACCGUUGCUUAUUUUUCAUGUUUUGGUCCGGUGUUGGGAUUAAGACAAAUGAUUUUGUCUCGUUUAAUGAUUGGUGAUUUAACAGUAAGGAUAUUCAGUGCUAUUAAUGUUGUUGCUUGUGUUGGUUGGGGUGCUGUGAAUAUCAUGUCCAGUGCUCAAUUGUUACAUAUUGUAAACAAUGGAGCUUUACCACCAUGGGCGGGAUGUUUGAUUCUUGUCUUGUGUACCAUUUUGGUUACAUUUUUUGGCUAUCAUGUUAUUCAUCUUUAUGAAAAAUGGUCAUGGAUUCCAAACUUGGCGAUUUUUAUAAUCAUUAUUGUUAGAUUUGCCAAGUCGGGUAAUUUCCAAAGUGCAAACUUUGUUGGUGGUCAAACUACUGCUGGUAAUGUUUUAAGUUUCGGUAGUACAAUUUAUGGUUUUGCUACUGGUUGGACCACUUAUGCUUCUGAUUAUACUGUUUAUCAACCAAGAAAUACCAGUUUACCAAAACUUUUCACCGCUAUUUUCCUUGGUAUUUAUCUUCCAACUGUCUUUAUCUUGAUUUUGGGUGCUGCUUGUGCUACUGGUAUCAAAUCCGAUCCUACCUGGGCUAGCAUGUAUGAUGAAUACUCAGUUGGCGGUUUGGUUUACUCCAUCUUGGUUACAAAUUCAUUACAUGGAUUUGGCCAAUUUUGUUGCGUUGUAUUGGCUUUGUCUACCGUUGCGAACAAUAUCCCCAACAUGUACUCAAUGGCACUUAGUGCUCAAACCGUCUGGACCAAAUUCCACAAAAUCCCUCGUGUUGCAUGGACAAUCAUUGGUAAUGGAGCAACAUUAGCCAUUUGUAUCCCGGCUUAUUACAAAUUCGAAUCCGUUAUGGAAAAUUUCAUGAAUUUAAUUUCAUACUACUUGGCCAUUUAUGAAUCACUUCUCCUUAGUUCACAUUUAAUUUGGCACAAGGGAAAAUUUAGAUCUUAUGAUUAUGAACGUUAUAAUGAUAAAUCAUAUUACCCAAUUGGGUUAGCUGGUACAUUUGGAUUUUGUUGCGGUGUUGCUGGUGUUGUCUUGGGAAUGAAUCAAACUUGGUAUAGUGGGGUUAUUGGUAAACAAAUUGGUGAUUUUGGUGGUGAUAUUGCUUUUGAAUUGGCUUUUGCCUUUGCAUUUAUUGGAUUCAAUAUCACCAGAUAUUUUGAAAAGAAAUAUAUACGAUAG